CAACCAUUUAUACGGUGCAUACCCCGCUCAUCCUUCAGAAACAUACUCUAAUUUUCACCGCAACUAUGGAUCAACCCCGCUGCGUGGUCAACGACUUCCUCUGGGAUAUUUCAGAUCAUAGCUCAGAGCUCACUAUCUUGUGCAAAGGCAAACGUAUACGAGUAUUCAUAGAUGUCGCUUACUUAGAAAGCUCGCCAUCUCUCAAGAGCCAAUAUUUACGUUAUCUCGAAGUCGCAGAUGCAUUUAAGCUAGACGGGUUAACUAUAGAUGACUUCUACGAUUGGAUCCUCGAAGCCUGCUUACCAGAAUUUCGAAAGCUGGCACCAUCCGAAAUUGGUCCGCGACCUACGAUUGCCGAUCAUCUCUCCUUAGACAUGCUUCAUUACAAGAUGCACGCAGUCGCCGGAAACCUUACUCUUGUGCAUUGCACUGACAAAAGAGAUGAGUACAUACCCUUCGGGUCUCGUUUCGAUGAGGAUGCCUGUUCAGCAUGGCCUAUCACGGCUCCAGAGGACGUCUACAUAGCGAAGGACACGACUGGGGAUGCUCUGUAUCAAACGCCCGGGAAGGUAAUUUUUGAUGAGAAAGAAUACUUCUUCAAACCGCUACAUUAUUCAGAUCGUCAACAAUGCAAGCGAGAACUGAAGAUGUACAAAGAAAUCAAAGAGGCUGGGCUAGAAUCUCUCAGGAUCAGUCUUCUUUACAGUAUAGUUCGGGGUGGAGACGGGACAGUCUAUGGGCUUCUGUUGAGAUUCAUUAAUGCUGCUGCCAUGACACUGAGUUGCGCCCUGAAGUUGAGCACUCCGGAGCAUAUGCGACAACGCUGGGCAGGACAGAUCACCGACGUACUCAACCAUCUUCAUCAUGCUGGUAUCGUCUGGGGAGAUGUCAAGCCCGAGAAUGUCUUGAUCGACAGAGAGAAGAAUGCGUGGGUGAUUGAUUUUGGGGGAGGAUAUACCGAAGGCUGGGUAGAGAAAGACCUCGCAGAGACUAUCGAGGGCGACAAACAAGGUCUUGCAAGAAUUCAAGAGUAUCUUAAAGCAGGACGUAGGCCCAGAUGUAUCGAAGGGUCGUAGCCUUAUGUGGACGUCGUCUCACAAAUCCACCAGCUGUCAGCUGAACACCUCCCCUGAGAUACAUUCCUAAGUGUUUUGGGAGGCUCAAAUGGCGAUCCGAUCGAUUCUCAGGGAAAAGGAUUUUCAUCUUUCUACUGUUCUUUUGGACAUCUAUGCCGGAGGGCACAUCGAUGGAGAUUGACAGCCACACACAACACUUCGUAAGCCUAUCCGA